UUUAAAUGAAGUGUGCCUAAUCUAUAUAUGUUUAAAUGUCUGUCAGUGGCCGACGCGUGCAAGCGCUGCUGCCGCAAGAGCCUGAACAAGACGUGCUUCCCUGUCGCACACAAUGACAUCCUGCCCGACGGCACGCCCUGCAUACAGGGCUUCUGCAACAAGGGUGUAUGUGAGAAGACGAUCCAGGACGUAGUGGAACGUAUCUGGAAUAUAAUCGAGGACAUCAACAUUAACAACGUGCUGGGCUUCCUCCGCGACAACAUCGUUGGUGUCGCCGCGCUCCUGCUGCACCCCGCCUCGCCGCGCAAGCUCAUACACGUCAGAUUGCCGAAGCAAAAGCCGACAGGUUUGAAAACUGUCAUCCAAGGCACAAGUCAACUUUAAGCACAAUAGUACUUAUUAUGUUUAAGCUAAGUUACAAAAUAAAUUAUAAAUCUUUUAAGUACAAAAUAAAAAUG